AUGGCGCCCACUUCAAGCACCGUAUUGAGCGCAGACUCCAUACUUGAUUACAUGGUCAAGAGCCUCCGGACCCCACCCUCGGACGCUGAACAGACGGCCCUCAUUAAGGACCCAUACGCGGCCAUCGCGCUCUUCUCACAUGCUUGUAUGCUUGCUGUCGGCUUCCGUCUAAUCGGCCUAGGAGAAGAUCACAAGAUAGAUGCGCAAUCGGACCCCCAGGACACUCAGCCCUUGCCCGCAGAAUGGGACCAGUUUUCCUCCUACGCCUUUCGCUAUGCGCACUCGCAGUCUUCGAUGGAAUAUCUUGUCAAAGUGAACAGACUUGGAAGUAAGGCUGUUAUACUUGGGGUUGGCUUGGGCGACGACAAGACAGCCUCGUUAGAGGUCAAAGCCAACGACUACAUCUCCGAAGGAUCCAUAGAGGAGGCAUCGAGCAGCUCAGAAAAGGUCUCUGCACUACGAAACGUCUUCAUCUCGAACGGCCGAAUCACAGAUCUGGCGUCACUGUUUAGGCUGAACAUUAUUCAGAAAUUGGCGCCUGGCAUUCACAAGGCGGGCUACGAAGAUUCAACAUCAAGUGUGGAGCAGCCACGACAACGUGAUGAAACUCGGCCACCCGACCGCGAUCCUUUGCGAGAUGACCAUCCUCCUCCGGCACGCCCUUAUCCCUUCGACGACCCUUUAGCCGUACCUCGAAGACCUCACCCGUCAGCAGAUUUCCCGCCACCUGGUUUUGAAGAUGAAUAUGAGCUCAACAGGCCGCCGAGAGGGAUGCUACCUGGGCAACAACCUUUCGGCAACAUCGGGGAAAGAGAUCUGUAUCCGCCCGGACUCGGUCCUCAUGACCCUCUACGAAUCGGACCUGGAGGCGGUGGUUUCCGUGGCGGUGGUGGUAUGCAUCCGACCUUUGACGACCCUCUGUUUGGUGGUCAAGGAGGACAAACGCCGUACGAUCCUCGAGCUCCUCCCGGUGCACGUUAUGAUCCUAUUGGACCUGGAGAUGGGCCACCAAACCUUCGAGGAGGACCACGCUUCCCUGGGGGUGGUGGCGGUGGUUCUGGGGGCAAUCCAUUUGGAGGCUUCGGAAGUGGCGACUUCAUCUAA